GCUGCUGCUGCCGCUGCUGCCGCUGCUGCUGGGUCGGGGGCUGCGUGCGGUGGCCGCGGCCUCCUCUGGGGCGGCGGCCGAGGACAGCAGCGCCAUGGAGGAGCUGGCCACCGAGAAGGAGGCGGAGGAGAGCCACCGGCAAGACAGCGUGAGCUUGCUCACCUUCAUCCUGCUGCUCACGCUCACCAUCCUCACCAUCUGGCUCUUCAAGCACCGCCGGGUGCGCUUCCUGCACGAGACCGGACUGGCCAUGAUCUACGGACUCAUUGUCGGUGUGAUCCUGAGGUAUGGCACCCCUGCCACCAGUGGCCACGACAAGUCACUCAGCUGCACCCAGGAAGACAGGGCCUUCAGCACCUUAUUAGUGAAUGUCAGCGGGAAGUUCUUUGAAUACACCUUGAAAGGCGAAAUCAGUCCCGGCAAGAUCAACAGUGUGGAACAGAAUGACAUGCUGAGAAAGGUAACAUUUGAUCCAGAGGUAUUUUUCAACAUUCUGUUACCUCCAAUUAUUUUCCAUGCUGGAUACAGUUUAAAGAAGAGACAUUUUUUCAGAAAUCUUGGAUCUAUUCUGGCCUAUGCCUUCUUGGGAACUGCUGUUUCUUGCUUCAUUAUUGGGAAUCUCAUGUAUGGUGUGGUGAAGCUCAUGAAGAUUGUGGGACAGCUCUCAGAUAAAUUUUAUUACACAGAUUGUCUCUUUUUUGGAGCAAUUAUCUCUGCUACUGACCCAGUGACCGUGCUGGCGAUAUUCAAUGAGCUGCAUGCAGACGUGGACCUUUAUGCACUUCUCUUUGGAGAAAGUGUCCUAAAUGAUGCCGUUGCUAUUGUGCUGUCCUCGUCUAUUGUCGCCUACCAGCCAGCAGGGCUGAACACACACGCCUUUGAUGCUGCUGCCUUUUUUAAGUCAGUUGGCAUUUUCCUGGGCAUUUUUAGUGGCUCUUUUACCAUGGGAGCUGUGACUGGUGUUGUGACAGCUCUAGUGACCAAGUUCACCAAGCUGCACUGCUUCCCCCUGUUGGAAACAGCGCUCUUCUUCCUCAUGUCCUGGAGUACCUUCCUCUUGGCGGAAGCCUGUGGGUUUACAGGCGUUGUAGCUGUCCUUUUCUGUGGAAUCACACAAGCUCAUUACACCUACAACAAUCUGUCAGUGGAAUCGAGAAGUCGAACUAAGCAGCUCUUUGAGGUGUUACACUUCCUGGCUGAGAACUUCAUCUUCUCCUAUAUGGGCCUGGCACUAUUUACCUUCCAGAAGCACGUUUUCAGCCCUGUUUUCAUCAUUGGAGCUUUUGUCGCUAUCUUCCUGGGCAGAGCUGCACACAUCUACCCGCUCUCCUUCUUCCUCAACCUGGGAAGGAGGCAUAAGAUCGGUUGGAAUUUUCAACACAUGAUGAUGUUUUCAGGUCUCCGGGGAGCAAUGGCCUUUGCACUGGCCAUCCGGGAUACGGCCUCCUAUGCACGCCAGAUGAUGUUCACCACCACCCUCCUCAUCGUCUUCUUCACUGUCUGGAUCAUUGGCGGAGGCACGACACCCAUGUUGUCCUGGCUUAACAUUAGAGUUGGCGUCGAGGAGCCCUCUGAAGAGGACCAGAGUGAACACCGCUGGCAGUACUUCAGAGUUGGUGUUGACCCAGAUCAAGACCCACCACCCAACAACGACAGCUUUCAAGUCUUACAGGGGGAUGGUCCAGAUUCUGCCAGAGGAAACCGGACAAAGCAAGAGAGUGCGUGGCUAUUCAGGCUGUGGUACAGCUUUGACCACAAUUACUUGAAGCCCAUCCUCACACACAGCGGCCCCCCAUUAACCACCACUCUCCCGGCCUGGUGUGGCUUGCUGGCCCGGUGUCUCACCAGCCCUCAGGUGUACGAUAACCAAGAGCCACUGAGAGAAGAAGACUCCGAUUUCAUCCUGACAGAGGGUGACCUUACCUUGACCUAUGGGGACAGCACAGUGACUGCAAAUGGCUCCUCAGGCUCCCACGCCGCCUCCAGGAGCCUGGAGGGUAGCCGGAGAGCGAAGAGCAGCUCAGAGGAGGUGCUGGAACGAGACCUGGGAAUGGGAGACCAGAAGGUUUCAAGCCGGGGCACCCGCCUAGUGUUCCCUCUGGAGGAUAAUGCAUGAUUUACCCCCCCCAAAAGCCCUGAAGCAAUGGGGGGGUAGGCCCACCGGUGGAGGGAGGUUGGCUGGAAGUUCAGUGUUGUCUGAGGAGGGGCAUUGACUGAAUGGAACUAAAGCUUCUGUCUAUUUUAUUGGGGUCUGAAAAUAAUCAUAACAAAGUUAACCCAAGAUGCAGAGGGUGGGGCUAAAGUGUCUCUCAAUGAAGUCAAAUGCAGACCUACUCCCACUUUUUCACAUAGUAGUGCGCUGUUCAGAGUCCAACCAACCAACAAACUAGCAUGCUUUCCUGGUCUCCUAAUCCGCUCACCUGCUGUGUCUGCCCAAGGUGUGGCAGGUGCUGGGGCCUCCUCCCAGGAGAGGCUUCGUGUCCACCCACAGCCAUGUGCAGUGGCAAGUUAGAGGAGGGAAGGCUACAAGGAUCACGAAGGAAGACAGUUGAGAUCAAACGUCCAUCCCAAAAAAGGUGAAAAGGUGUUGGAGUGGAAGCUCCAGCAGUGAGGGCUGCAUGGCUGCCACCUCGUGUCGGGACUCCCAUUUUCUUUUGCUCCUGUGUUUUCUCUAGACUGAAGACUGGAAAAUAUAUCCAGGAAUGUUUUGACAUGGGGGAAAUAUUCUCAUUCUUUCUCUGGAACUCUCUGGGAGGAAGAAGUUACUGAAAUGUAAAACCAAAGGCAAAAUAGUGUUACACUGUUGUGUUUGAAGUUAAUCUGAGGACGAGAAACAUUUAGCAGACGAUGAUGCUCUGAAGGCUACCACGUGGACUAAGGGUGUGAGGAGUGAUCCGCAGGACUGAGAUACCUACUGUGAGCUUAGAAAUGAUGCCCAACCUGGGGAAGAGAAUGCAGCAAGAAGCUGAAGAGGCAAUGGGCUAGUGUUCAGAGGGAUGAAAUCUCACUGAAAAAAAAUUAACUGCAAUGAAAACAUAAGAUAGUAUUCUGAAGAGUGAAAAAAUGCUCAAGAGUGAAAGAAUUCCAAAUGCUGAGCCAAUAAUAGAUGGGAUGUUGGUGGCCACACAGGGAAUCAGAAGCAAAUCAGUGGAAAGAAAAGCACUCUAAGACCAGCGGGAGGUUCUGUCUACUAUAUGACUCAGAAUCCACGUGGCUUGACCGUGGAUGCCAUGGAGAGAGGGCAUUUUCUUGGCACCUAGGUAGACUUGAUUGCACCAGCUUCUUGUAUGAAUGUGUAUGAAAUUUCAGUGUUUAGUUUGGGUUCUUUGUGGGUGAGAUAUUCUACCUGCCCACACCGGCAGUAGGAGAUCUAUGGAGAGAACUCUUGGAAACUAAAGUUUGAUGUACCCCCUAUGUCUCUGCUUCAGUGCUAGUAUAUUUGAAACCCCAAUUUCUUAAAAAUGCUUUCAUAACAUCCUGGACUUUUUUUUUUCUUCUUAAGGCAGACAAAAUAGUGGCUCAGUCUAGCACACCCAUAGUGAAAACAGCCAUUUAAUCUUAACUCACAUGUUCUUCUUAAAUAAUACAUUGCUUUGUGCUUUGUUUUUGAAUUGAUAAUUGGUGCAAGCCAAGAAAAAAUCUCCUUAGGUUGAGUUGUAUGAAAUUGUUCAUAUUCAAUUACUUAAACAGAAAUGACAGUUUCAUAUGGUUCGGUAUAAUAAACUGAAUGAUUUUUA